CGAAGGAUAUAAUCAAGGCCAAAACAUUACUCUCCAUGUGACAUUAAUCAGUAGUAAUUCUAAUGUCUGAGGGCCAACCAACUACUCAACCAUAAUGUUUGAAAAAUCUCUUUAUGACCUUAUAAAAGGUCUGAGGAACCACAAGGGGGCCGAGGAGGACUACAUACAAGACAGUCUUCGAGAGUGCAAGGCUGAGAUCAAGUCUCAGGAUACGGACAAGAAAGCUACUGCCCUAUUGAAACUAGUCUACUUGGAGAUGUUUGGGUAUGACAUGUCCUGGGCUUCGUUCCAUGUACUGGAAGUCAUGUCAUCUACCAAGUACCUGCAGAAGAGAGCUGGUUACCUUGCAGCUGUACAGAGCUUUAGACCAGAUACUGAAGUCUUAAUGUUGGCUACAAACCUGCUGAAGAAGGAUUUAGUGUCGCCUAGUAUCCCAAACAUGUCCCUCCCUUUGAUAACAUUGCCAAACAUUAUCACACCUUCACUCGCAAUGUCUUUGCUCCCAGAUGUUCUGUCCCGCAUUUCUCACUCCCAUGCUGUGACUCGUAAGAAGGCUGUUGUGUGUCUUUAUAGACUUGCACUGGUUUACCCCGAAGCGCUAAAAUUGGCAUGGCCUAAAAUCAAGGACCGUCUCAUGGAUGACGAAGAGGAUAGCAGCGUCACCACAGCGGUGAUCAACGUUGUGUGUGAACUCGGAUGGAGAAGACCACAUGACUUCCUGCCUCUGGCGCCCAGAUUCUUCGAACUAUUAGUGGAUGGAGGGAACAAUUGGAUGGCUAUCAAAAUCAUAAAGCUUUUCGCCACAUUAACACCGAUAGAACCACGAUUAACACGAAAGCUUAUUCGGCCCUUGAUCAACAUAAUUCAGACAACAACUGCCAUGUCAUUGCUCUAUGAAUGUAUCAACGGCAUAGUUCAGGGCGGUAUUCUUGAUGGUGAGGAAGGGCUGGAGGAAAAGAACGAGAUUGCAGAUCUCUGUCUCGGAAAGCUCAGAGGCAUGGUAGUCACAGAGUCCGAUCCCAAUUUAAAAUACGUUGCUCUCCUUGCCUUCAACAGAAUUGUGAUGUCUCACCCCGUCUUGGUGUCUGCUCAUCAGGAUGUGAUUAUGGAUUGUUUGGAGGAUCCGGACAUUUCAAUCCGACUGCGAGCCCUUGACCUCGUAACUCGAAUGGUAACAAGCGACACGCUUCAGUCAGUGGUGAAUCGACUUGUCGAUCAACUUUUUAAUGCCCGUCAAGCAACCAGAAGCACUCUGAGUGAGACAGGUAUACACACUGACAUGGAAGAGUUUACAUUAUCAGAAGGUCCAUACGCUCAAAAGAUACCGAUCGUUUUGCCAGACGAUUAUUGUAUUGAAGUCGUACACCGAAUUUUAGAUGUCUGCUCUUACAACAAUUAUUCAGAGCUGCCUGACUUCGAGUGGUAUGUUGACGUUCUUGUCCAGCUAGUCAAGCUGCUUCCUCCGGGCGUUGAAGACCUUCCUACUCAGUGCACUUCAUAUCGGGAUCCUGAGUACUACAAAAAUUGUGUUGCUUUCCGUAUCGGAUCGGAAAUACGCAAUAUCGCUGUUCGUGUUAGGGACGUUAGAAUGGAGGCAACCAGAGCUGCAGAGACUCUGAUUCUAGUUGACAACAAGCAGGGCCCAUCUCCCCUUAUCUCCAAACAAAUGAAUGACAUCUUAGGGCCUCUUGCCUGGAUCACUGGUGAAUUUGCAGAGCAUCUUGCAUAUCCUAGCCAAACCCUUCAAUCACUGAUCGAUAUGUCGAAUGUGUCCUUAUCGGCGAGCACGCUGUCCCUUUAUAUACAGGCUAUUCCCAAACUCCUGGCCAAUAUCGUUUGUAGUGAGGGCAAAGCGUGGGACUCAUUAAAGAACAGUGAAAUGUCUCUCUUAUUAGCUCGAAUCAUCGAAUUCCUUGAUUUUUUGGCUGCCCACCCAGACUUGGACGUGCAAGAAAGAGCCAUCGAAUUCCUAGAGGUCAUGCGCCUAGCAGCAGAUGCCGUCCAGUCGGAAACUCUAGAACUAGGCCAGGCUCCAUUCUUGCUGUCGUCUAUGGUUCCCAGCUUGUUCCAUGGACUAGAACUCAAUCCGGUCGCCACCAACGCCCAGAAGAAGGUUCCUUUGCCAGAUCAGCUUUGUCUAACACAGGAGUUCAACAAGCAUCUAUAUGGGCUUUUCAAUAACCCGGCCAAUGGACUUCCGGAGCCAGCAGGCCAACUACCAUCUCAGGUGUUUUAUCACGUUAGAGAAGCUUCAGCGCUAGAUAAGCAGCCCGUUGAAUUUGUACCUGUCGAUUUGCAACUUAAUUCAACAUACCAGGACCUCUCCAGUGGCCUUGGAGAUGGCACUGCCGCUUUAAAGCGGAGAGGGGAACGGAAAGAACGUAACAAGGAUGAUCCAUUUUAUAUUGCUGCUGAAGAUGAAACGUCCGGCACAUUGACCCCAUUUCACCAGACUCUCAACACUUCAAAUGGUAGUGGACUGGAUAUUGACUCUAUUCCCAUAGUUGACCUCAAAUUGAAUGGCGCCGGAAGCCAUCGCACUUUAACAUCUAUAUCACGCGAUAACCGACAAGGUGGCCCACGCCCUAAAAAGUACGAGAUCGCACCUGAUGAGAUGAUCGGACAGGAGGAUUCACCGCAUCUUGACUCCAAUGAUGAACCGAGUAAAGCCAAACGAUCUCUUCUACAGGUUGAUUCGAGUGGCCUCGAGCAUCUAUCUUUGGAUGCCAGGGGUGGCCCCUCGGUAGAUCCUACUAUUCCUACGAUGGCGGCCGGGCAUGAUGCAGAAAUGGCUAUGGCUGUGCAGAAAGUGGAAAAGCUGCGGCUAGAGAUGCAAAGAGCGUCAGAACGUGUUCAUCCGAAUGGCAUCCCUGCGGAAGGGACGCUGGUAAGGAAAAAAAGAAAACUAAAAAAGCCUACACGUAUUGGAUCCCAGGAAGCUGCACUGCUGAAGCCUAACGAUGAACUGUCGGUGGACAACACUCAACAAACAUUACCUUCAUCUGUGGCACCAAAGAAAAAGAAGAGAGCGAAAAAUAAAAUCAAUGCUGGCUCAGGUAGCGCACACUAAGGUAAAUCCACUCGUUUGUGAGUGUCAUGGACCAUGUAUCAGGAGGUUUGGUGGUUGGGAGUCGGAUGAGCCCGGUGGUAUUAGCUAGGAUAUCCAUCUGCUUGUCACAGUGAGCGAACCAUUUUUGAGGCUUUGAGAGUGUUCCCAGAGCCCUUUUUACGCCCUUGAUCAGAAAGCAGUAGCCUCACCUUGCAAGUGGUUGUCGCUACUAAAUUCCGACAAUCACACUGUUUGUCCGUUGCAAGAUACAAAUCACGUACAGUGAAGUCAUUUACCUAGAACUAGGGGAUCAGAAAUUGUACUAGAUUAAAUUAAUACAAUACUUAAAACGACCGUAUUCGAUUAGCGAAUACCUAGCCAAGGAUUAUGCCAACUUGCGAUUGAACAUCGCAACAGCAGCCGACCAUAACUCCGGAAUAAUCCUCAGAGCCUCGAAUGCAAGCCCACCACAGACCGCAAAGGCAAGAACAACUGUUGGGGCCUCAUUAGCCUCAGAAACCGCGAUAAUUCUG